AUGGCUUACCUCUCCGGUGAGGACGCCGAGGCCAUUCACUUGCCAGAGAUGAAGAACGCAGUUGUGGGAAAGAUGAUGAGCGAAUAUUGGGACGGGUGCGCUGCAGCGGGUGAUCCAAAAAGGCCUGCAAGGGAUGCCGCCUUCAGCGAAGGACUUCCCAGCUUGAAAGUUUUGGCUUUUGACGGGAAGAAAAUCGCGAUGCCUGGUCAUGUUCAAGAAGCCUUGGGCGCCAAGGCUGAGUCAUGGCAGAAGGAGAUUAAUGCCUUGCAGCCAUCAACAACUGGAGCCGUCGUCGUGCCUGCCACCCCGCGAGCAGGUGAUGCCCCGGCCCCGUCGCCUGCUCCAAUCAGGACACAGUGCAGGCCAGUUUACCAAGGUGCAGACAAGCCUGUGGAUGCUCAGCGGCCAGUUGAGUUUGGCAAAUUGAGCAAGGAGGCUUUUGAAGUGGAAAAGAAGUUGCCUGGCAGCAAAAUUAGCAUAGCUAUGAGCUUGAAGGAUCAAUUGCUGCCUUUCACGAUCAAGACAGACACUUCGCCACUGGUGUUGGUGCGGGGCUCUGGGAAAACUUUGACUUGCCUUGCCGAGAUCUCCUGCGACUGUGCUCAAAGCCAGGGCUUGACGGAGCUUAGCAUGGAAGGUCACGACUUGGAAAGCAAGAAGAAGGACCAAAUGAUCAGAACGAUUUCUGCAGUUUCUUCAUGGUAG